AUGUACACCUCAAUCUCCCUCUCCCGCUUUCUCGCGCCCUUCCUCUUCAUCGUCUUCCCCCUCUACCUCGCCACCCGGGGCUCCAAUUCCUUGUCCGACGUCGCCAUUUUUCUUUCUAACCUCUCCGAGCGCUUCGAGGCCGUUCACGUCGCGCUCAACUCCCCCCUUGCCACUCCUUCCCUUUCCAUCUCCAAAGAAGCCGUCGAAGCAUCUGCCAAGCCCACCAAACCCCUGCGCGCACCACAAGGCGGGAAAAGGCUUCCCAAUGGACUGGCGCACGCCAUCAACUCCUUUGAGCAGUAUCCGUCCCUCGCCGAGCGAGUGCUCCAGCGGAAGCAUGUGCGGUAUGCCAAGCAGACGCCCGCCCAAAAGGCGAUAGGCGACAAGCUCGGCUAUCCUGCACACUUUGACAAGGCCAGGCAAGGGAUCGAUGUGAACGCCCGGCUCACGGGACAGAUUGCGCAGAUUGCGAGGGAGUAUUACCACACCGGCCCGCGCGCGCUGGAGGACGAAGAGAACGCCGAAUUCGGUCUUGUUGACCUGGCAUUUUCACAUCUGUCGCGAGACUGGAGCGCGCAGGGCACAAAAGAGAGGCAGACCGUCUUCCCUCCCGUUCUGGCUGGCCUCGAGCAACAUUUUGGCGGGAAUGGGCAAGGGAACAAGGUGCUUGUCCCUGGAAGCGGUAUGGGCAGGCUGGCAAGCGAUAUUGCUGAUCUCGGGUACGAUGUGACGGCCAACGACCUGGACUUCAGCUCCAUCUUGACCUACCAUCUUCUUACCAACCACACCAGCUCGCUGCACCAGCAUACUAUGCAUCCCUUUGUGACCAAAUGGACCCAUCAGGCUAACCCCUCCUCGCGCUACUCGGCCCUGACGGUGCCGGACCACUGGCCAAACAAGGCCGUCAAACUCGUCGAGGGCGACUUCUUGGACGUUUUCCCCCAAGACGGUCAGUUUGAUGCCGUCGUCACACUGUUCUUCAUCGACAUUGGCGACAACGUGGUUGACUUUCUGACCAACAUUCAUCGGCUGCUGAAACCUGGUGGUGCCUGGAUCAACCUUGGACCGCUGAAAUAUGGCAGCCAUACCGCUCUCCAGCUCUCUGCCGAGGAAGUGCUUCAUCUGGCCGAUCUGAUCGGGUUCGAUGUAGACCAUUCAUCGCGGAAGAGCGUCAACAGCCUUUACGCUGAUCAGCCGGACACGUUGCUGAAGUUUACUUAUGUUGCGCAAUUCUGGACGGCGACGAAGAGGAUUUAA